GAUGUGGAUGAAUCCCAAGGUCUACUGAAGACUGUGCUUGGAUUCUUCGUUCGAAGACGACCGGAAAAAUCAGCGCGACCCGCGUCUUUGAGAUCACGAACAAACGAAGCCUGGCUACGGACGGAAGCAUUUCUGCAGCACGAUGCCGAUGAAUCUGACGAUCCUGACCCUGAGCGUAUUGCAAAGACGCUGCAUGCACUUGAGGAGUACGUUCAAUACAACUCUGAUGGGGAAUCAGAUUCCGGCUUACACCAUGAUGUGCCGUAUCCUAAGCUUCAGGCGAUGCGCAGCUUGAUCGAGCGUCGGAGUCAUGAUCCGCAUUUCAAUGCAGACACUACCAUUCGCGUUAGUAAACGAAAACGAGAAAGCGAUGCUGUCAUUGAGGAGCUUUCGAAUAUGGAUAGGCAGGCAAGGAAGCGCCGAAUUCUGCCUCGUGAAGAGCCAAAUGCUGGCGACAUUCUCCAAGACCCCGAUACCGACUUCGCUGUGCUGAUGAGGAGACAUCUGGUAUCCUUGGACAAUGCCUUGCGGAAAAACUGGAUAUGUGUUUGCCAGAAGUGCUCAGGGUUGAGCGUAAGACUUUCGCUGCCACAACAGAAGAAGGAUUUAAACGUUGAGGCGUGCUUCGAAGUGUUCUUCGGUGUACGGUCUCCAGUUGAAACUGCAUUGCAAGAAGCCAAAAUAACGAUUAAGAGCGCGUCUGAACCCAUAGUUAGCGGCGCGCCCGAUUUUGCCCACAUAUGCCAAAGCAUUACAGAAUCUCUCGGUCAACGAAAUUGCUUGCACCUGGCUCUUGAGGGUGGGACAUUUCAGAGGCUUCGUCCGCAACCAAAGACCUUUGGCGGUGAUCAAAUGUCUCGAACAGUAUCAUUAUCGGCUCUAUUUAAGCGUCAGCAAGAGUUACGCGGUAGUUCAUCUGCACUGCCACUCAAGGGGAAGCGAAUUUUGGCUGUUAUACUGGCUACUGCUCUCCUCCCAUUCUUGGAGACGCCGUGGCUGCAGCCUUCCUUCAAUCAUUCAAAUAUUCUGUUCUUUGAGCCACUGCAGGAUGGAGAGCUCCCCGACAUCACGAAGCCCUUUCUAGCUAUGGAACACAUUCCAAUCGUCUCAGCCGGCAAAACAGGCAACGGAGUCAGUUCUGACAGUUUUAAACACAUGGUUCACCCUAAUGCUAGUGUGCUAGCUCUAGGCAUACUGUUGUGUGAGCUUCACUAUUGCACACCUGUGGAGUUGAUGCAAAAAGACUCGCAUGGGGCCAGAAACGUCAAUUCUGAUUAUUAUACCAGCCUUGAUAUGCUCAAGUCUCUAGAAGUUGAUGCUGGAGUAGAUUACUAUCUCGCGACGAAGGCAUGCCUGCAGUGGGAGUACUACCCCCCUGGACAGCAGGCUGACUUCGAAUCUGUCGACGUUCAGCGGCUCUUCUAUCAAAACGUUAUUAAACGACUCGAGGCUGAGAUAUUCAAGUCAUGGGGUCUUCGAAUAGAGAAUUUGGGCUCAUUCGAUCCUCGACAAAAUGAACUCUGCUGGGGUUCCAUCGGUCAAGAAGUUGUCCGCCAUAAAACAGGCAAGGUCGAUCCCUCUAAUACAAAUAACGGAGCACGGGCACCUCUUCCGUAUCGUUCGAUCUCUGACGUCGCGCCCGUGAGCUACAAAUCACUCAACUCAGAUGUGGUGCUACGGCUAGCGGGGCCGACACAACCUUCUCCGGGAUCGCAACUCCGGGGACACCUCGUCGAACCCUCGACGAAGAGUUUGUACUUUUUUGACGCAAGCCACCAGACGGGCUGCGAGCAAGAGAAUCCACUUUCACAACAAUGGUUGGACAAUCUUCUGUCGUCGAUUCACUACCAUGUUGACCCUUUCGACGAUGUCAUGGCUGGGCGCAGAACGUUCGAGCCGGUGCGGAUAGCGAUCUUGGAUUCUGGGUUUGACCCUGAAAAUCCACUUCUGAUGACUGAGGACCAACGACUAGAUCCACGAAUCAAGGAUGCGCGAAGUUUUGUACAUAACACUGCCUCACAUGAUAUUCGAGACGAGAUUGGGCAUGGUACUCAUGCUCUUGGUCUCCUACUCAAAGUUGCCACAUGUGCUGAGAUCUACAUCGCCAGAAUUGCUCAUCGAGAAACUCUGGAUCUUUCUGAAUGGAAAGUGGACGUUAUAUCAAUGUCAUUCGGGAUUCGUGAAUACAAUGAGCCUAUGAAAACGGCCAUAUCUAAUGCACUACAUAGUCAGACAUUGUUGUUUGCUGCCGCAUCAAACGAUGGAGCAAAUCUUGGCAGAGCUUUUCCAGCUAAAUAUCCCAGCGUCUUUUGCAUACACUCAACUGACGGAAACGGUAACCCCUCUACGUUCAACCCGACAGCGGACGACAAAGACGUUAACUUCAGUCUACUUGGGGAGCAUGUCUCUUCUCACUGGCCAGUUGGCAAGAAUGGCCACAAUGAACCUGUUAAUGUCUUGUCAGGAACAUCGGUCGCAACACCGAUUGCCGCUGGGCUUGCCGCAGCGAUCCUGUCCUUUGUCCGCCAGCAGGAACAGUACACCACUCCAGGAAAUGAGUUGUUAGGGCCAUGGCUGAAAGAUGUUCAUUCAAUGGAUGAGGUUUUAAAGAGUAUGGUCAAACAGAGGAGGGGCGCAGGCUAUGACUACAUCACGCCUCAUUCACUCUUUGAUAGGAAGUCGACAAGGGAGCAGGUUUAUGAUAAGAUCAAGGAUAUCAGAAGGCACUUGUAU